UCAGGCUUUCGCACAGUGUUUCCUGUCAGAGGGUGUGCUACGUGUACCCUGUCUGGUGGCAAGACGCCCCCCCUCUUCCAAAAAUGCUAAUUUCAUCGACUGACGCUUUUCUUUGCUUCAAACAUGCAAUGGCGUGUUUUUUCAUCACCAAUCUUCUGCUCGUCGCCAUUUUAGAGCGUCACUACCUUGCCGAUGCCACAGGCCCCGAUGGCGACUGGGAUGAAAUUCUGGUGGAAAGGGAGCAGCAAGCCACCAUCUUGGAGUGCAUCCAUACACAAGUGAGGCCCGUCGUGAACAUCAACUGGAUGGCCAAGCCCCUCGGUGCAGACGAGUGGAAACUGCUGCUCUCGGCCAGCGAGCGCGACGAGUUCUCUGGCGGCGCCUCCAAGCCUUCUACGCGCCUGGCUGACCCCAACUUUGCACUCACGGGCAAUUUCUCGCUGCUCCUUCAACCUGCCAUGCGGGACGCCGGCCUCUACAUGUGCUUGGUCGAACAGCGAGGCGAGACCAUCAAGGAGAAGAUCAUCCUUUUAGCCAUCAUCACUGUAAGCAGCAACCCCCCCUCGCCCGUCCCUCGGAAUAGCAUUCUGCGCCUGAUCGCCAAAGUCACUCCAGAGUCGGCCUGUGAGCGGAUCUCCUGGCAUUCCCCAGCCGGCAGCUCCUUAAAGACAGCGCUCAAGCCCAUCGCCGGAUUUGUGACCAAAGUCCCCCGAGUCACGCUCGCCGACGCUGGCCCCUACGGGUGCACGGUUCACCCCGCGAGGAGCGGCAACGACACCGCCUUCACCUUUCCUGUGAGCAUCGCCGUCGACGCUGUCAGCGUGGCCUCCUACACCAGGGUGCAACACAGCCCACCCAUCUUCACCGCCACUCAAGCCAGGACUUCCUUCCCCCUGACCUGUCCCAGCGUGCAAGGGGACUGCGUCUCCCUCUACUGGAAAGGCCCCAAUUCGAACGAGAGCAAGCUGGUGUACCAACACGAUCGCUGGAGGGGCACCACGCUGAACAUGGAAGAAAGCCACAAGCUCCAGCUGGCCGACUCGCCCUACAACGCCGACGGCGGGAACUUCUCCUUUGUCCGCACGCCGGGCCUCAAAGACGGCGGCCUUUAUGUCUGUAACGUGCUUCUCAACGACCAUAUUUUCAGCCAGAGGACCUUGCUGAGCGUGUUAAAAGUGAUGGGCCGACGUUUGGGUUCCAAGCUACAGCUAGAGUGCCUGUUCAGCGAAGUUUCCCAAGUCCAAGAGGCCAAGUGGGAGUACCAAAAUAAGAGUCAGCGGCUAACCAUGAGGAAAGGCAGGGGCCCGUCUUUCCUCGGCAACAUCUCCACCGUUCUGCCCUUACCCAUCACCUCAGACACGGCCGGCAACUACACGUGCACCUUACAGCUCAAAAACGGCCAGACCAUCAGCGCCGUGCACAGCGUCAAGCCACAAGAGAGCGCCGUGGCGCCCUCGUCGCACUCUUCUUCCGUCCACCUCCUUCUCCUGGCUUUAUUACUUCUGGUGCCCCUGGUUGCUGCCACUGUGGCUGUGUUGCUAUGGCAACAGAAGCGCAACUGCCGUCAAGGUAUUGAGCAGUCUCUGUCCGUUCACUCGGGUGAGACCGAGAACAUCUACGAGAAUCCCGAAGAUGUCAGACAGGCUCUUCCGCAGGGGUCGGUCUAUAUGGAUUUAAAGUCAAGACAAGAGGAUGUCUACAAGGAACUGGAGCGCUAAGCAAAGAGAAGCAUUACAUCAUGGGUCGCGUGUGUGUAUGUGUGUGUAUAUGUGCGCGCGUGUGUGUGUGCUUUUCGUGUGUCUGCGUGCGUGCGUGUGUGUGCUUUUCAUGUGUGCCCUGGAUUUUUUUUUCACAAAGACUGAAUAUCACUUUGACACUGUGGCACAAUAUGGCAUCACACGCUGACAGGCAACGCUUCGCCGCCUGUGUUGUUCACAUUGCGUGGGCUGUCUGCACGUGUGUGCGUUUGUACGUCUCUAAAGGUGAAAAACACCUUUGGGGGUGGUAUAGCAAGUUUGUCUUUGUGCCCCCUUUUCAGCACUUGAACUGAUCAGCUCCAUGCACGUCACCCUUAUGCUGCUGGCACAUCUGCUCGCCUGCGUGCAUCAGCAGGGGCGGGGGGGACUUUUAUGAGCAGCACAAUAACUGGAUUUUAUAAUUGGAUCUUGGAUAGGCUUGCAAAUGUCACGCAAGUGUUUAAACGUUCUCAAGAGUGGUGCUUAUUUGCUUGUAUGUCAAUAGCCUUGAUCAAAGGGGGAUUUUUUAAACAGACAUAUACUGGGUGUUAGAGGAGAAAUUGUAUGCACUCCCCCCCUUACACACACACACACACAAUUUAAAGCAGUUCUUGUGUUUUGAUAUGUAUAAGUGACAUGCCAUAAUUUUGCUUCAUAAUUAAACACAAUCAUAAAUGA